UUUUAGCAGACACUGUACAUACAUAAGACCGCGACGACGACGUGGGAAAGAAACUCAGCACCAUUUCUUCAUCAGCCAGUUUCUGUUAACUAUUCGGCACGCGGAAUUGACACCAAUUUGUAUCCAAAAUAUUGAGGCUUCUUCAUGAGCUUUUGAAAGCGCAUUGGUAACGAGCAACAAAACCGUUGAUGAGACGAAUUCCACACGAUCUCCAAUUAUACAGACAGACAUAAUUCGCUUGCGGCCCUCCCCAUCAUAACCAGCAUGUUCUCUCCGUCGCGAUUUCCAGCCUUCGUACAGACAUGUCCCGUCAAGUCAUUGCGAUGGCUGCGGCUAUUCACAUCUACUCCAUCUCAGAGGAACGGAGGCAGACUUGAAAUGCCACCGAGUAAAAACAGAGAAAAAGGGGACGGAGCAAGCGCAAAGGCCACAAACACGACCGACAAAAGCAGCCGGCUGCGAUUUGACCCCGAAAGAAUAUCCCUGGAGCACGCCGAUUUACUCAAAAUCUUUGGGCUGGCUGAAGUUCCCGAAUCGAAUAACACUGGCGCUAUCAUCGACAAGCUAGGGCGAAUAACGAUUACCUCUGAAGAAGCAAGCCAGCAAAAACAUACUACGGCCCUCGUGCUCUAUCGCGCCCCGGCCUGUCUUGACGAGCGAGACUUCAUGUCAGUAUUAGGCCAGGGGAAAUUUCUCAACCAAUGGAGAAAUACAAGAGGCCUUGAGAGAAUAAUUCCCCUCCGCUUCCCUGAUACCCUACGACGAUCUAAUACGUGGAUCCUGAUAUUCUAUAGCCCUGCAGCAGCGAAAGAAUUCCAGGACAAAGUGUAUCGCCUCUUUGAAUUUGCCCGGGACAAUCUCCCAACCUCCACCAUGUCCAGCAUUACGCCACCACCAAACUACACCGCCGACAUUGCGGGCGAUUAUAGACUGAGCGAUUACACCCUCACAUCGCCGUGGCUGAAACUUUCUCUCGCCGCAUAUCUGGCACCUUUUGAUCAGAAGAUCCAAGGCGCAAUUGACUUGCACAAUAGACUAGUAUCCCGACAUGGAAAGCAGGGAUUCCCCGUUCGAAUAUGGAUCGACAAUCAGAGCCACUUCACUCUUAAACAGGAAGACCUCCGUCGACUCCUGUUGUGGGAUGGGCAGAACAGGUGGUCACCUUGGCAAAUAGUCGAAGAGGACCCUAUAACGCCGCUGACGGAACCGCUUUCCAACGAAAUGUUAUCCUCCGGCGAGGAGGAGUUGACUGAAGGAGAUUGCUGGCGCGUUGCGUUUCAGACUGCCGCGGAGGCACGGCGAUUUGUCAGAGCGUGGCAUAGGAGCGUGUUCCCUAAACUGGACGGGUUGCCGUUCUACCCCGAUCCUCCGCCUUUAAUAAAGGCCGAGUGUCUCUUUGAAAGCGAAAUCUGUUGAGGUUGAGCCGGGUAUCUACGUAAAACCAGUCGAAACAACUGCUCGAGUGGCAUAGUCUACAUAUCCAGUGAAGCUAUCAGUGCCUUAAAACAUGUUUGUUUAUUAAGCCAAAUACUACACAUGCGAUAUCACCCAUGGGGAUAAAGCCGCCUGAAAUCGCCAGGCCUGGGCAGUUUCAUCAAAACAACCAUACGGUUUCAAUAUGGAUUGCACAAGUUAUCGUGAUUCAAUACAGCUCACUUGGUUAUUCUGGAUGGAAAGAUAUAUUUGUGCGAAAUAAACGAAUGCAAAAUGAAAUGACGCCUUCUAGGAAACAAAGCAUAGGCAAGCAAACAAGGACGAACAGGUGGAAGCGGGAAUGGAAUCAUUAUCAAGUGGACGAAAAAUCAAUAAGGCAAGAAAUAAAAUAUAGGAACAAAAGAGAUUGGGUCGACUGGGGAUACAUACUAAGAUGAAGGGAUCUGGGGACGCCACAUUAACAGGGUUGGUAACUAAAAGUAGGAGAUCUUUGGGGUAAAAAGUCCAUCUCCAUCUAGAUAGUACAAGGAAUGCCGCCUGUUCGCAUAAACAAAGGAAAUAAAAAGAAAACGUGAAGAAAAGGGGGAGAAGAAAAAGAAAAAAGAAAGCAAUCCUAACAACAUUUACCUCCAAGGUUGCCUUGCCCGGCUCCUUGAUGGUCUAUUGUAACGCCCUGGGAGCCGGCUUGUUCGGAUUUGUUUGUGUCCAUAACCUUCUUUAUGUCAGAAGCUAGAGUGUAGAAUGCCUUUUCAACGUUGAUGUUAUUCUUCGCUGAGACUUCAAGGAAGGGGAUUCCCAGUUCGUUGGCUAGUUGCUGGCCCUGCUCUGUUGAUACGGCUCUCUUCUCUUCCCAGUCGCAUUUAUUGCCGAUAAGCAUCUUAUGUACUCCUUCGCUUGCAUGUUGUUCGACAUUCGAAAACCACGUCCGGAUGUCUUUUUUCAAGGUAAAAGAAAAUGAGAAGGUUAGCGUGACAGCCUCUUUUGCUAUUUCAUUUCUCUAUGGCCGCAACCGCAACGCACAAAGAUCGGAGAAACUCACUGUUGAAAGACCGCUCAUCGGUCACAUCGUAAACAAGAAGUAUUCCCAUGGCACCUCGGUAGUAUGCGGUGGUAAUGGUCCUGAAUCUUUCCUGGCCAGCCGUAUCCCAUAUCUGUAGCUUUACACGUUUCCCGUCUAGUUCUAUCGUUCUGAUUUUGAAGUCGAUUCCGAUCGUCGUAAUGAAAGAUGGGGUAAAUGAAUCCUCGCUAAACCGCAACAAGCAACAUGACUUGCCUACGCCCGAAUCGCCGAUGAGAAGGAGUUUGAUCUAAUUCGGUUCCGAAACAAAACGUCAGCAG